UAUAUCAAUUUUUGUCUAUCCACCGGUGACACCAAACGUCGACACAAAAAACAACAACGACAGCACGAGCCAACAACACGAACGAAGCAAGCAACAAGCAUGGCCAGCCCGCUGACAGCGCUGGCGCACGGCAUGGACAUGGAGGAGGAAGGAGGGGAGGACGAGGAGGACGAGGCACCAGGCACUCAUGUUGACCAAGUCGCAAGAGAAGCAGAAGUAGAAGCAGCAGAAGCAACCCAGAGAAGAGGAGAAGGAGGAGGAGGAAGAAGAAGAAGCAGCAGCAGCGGUGGUGAUUCCCAGAACGACCGCUCAGCACAUGUGGCGGCGGACACCCAAUCCCAGAACGACGACGACGACAACGCCAACGCCAACAGCAUGCAACAGCCGCAAGAACUGCCGCCUGUGCUUCUGCCCAGCGAAGCCAGCACAGUCGCUGGCGCAGAGGGCGGCGAGGAAAGCAUGGUGGUGAACAACUUCUUUGGGGAUGACUUGCGCUUGCUUCGGGAUGGGGUCCAGGGUGGCAGCAUCAGCAGCAGCAGAGACGCAGGCGACAUGGCCGACUGGACAGACAUGUGGCUCUCCGAUACGAUGGGCCUCCACCACGAUGACCUGGUUCACGAUGUCAGCUUUGCCACGGCGUUGCCGCCGCGCCAGCCACGCUCGAGGCUAGGCAGCAGGAGCCUUGACCAAGGCUCCCCACAUCACCAGCAACAGCAAGGACGUCGCCACCGCGUGUCCUCAGACCCGUCCUUCUUAAGCCUCAUGCGGACAAUCAUUCACGAACACGGCGCUCGCGGUGAUCACGAUGACGACAGUUCACAACACCCGGUGGAUGCCACAGUCGCCACGGCAGGUGGUGCCCUCGGAUCGUUCGCCCUGUCUGAAGCAGUGCGCAGCCUUGACCGUGCGACGCCAGCACGAGCACGGCGCAGUGCGACCCCAGUUCGCGACCAGCACACCCCUUCUCGACCCCGCCCUGCCCGCCACCACACCCCCGACACCACCGACGCCAACGAGGCCGGCAGCCACGACGGGGAUGAGGGCGGGGAUGAUGGUGGCGACGUGUUUGCUUCGACCGACAGUACAGCUACACCCCGUUCCAUUCGCUGGUGUCAACGGGGACAGAUGCGCGAGCGGCAGCGGCUGCAACGGCGACGACCACGACAACGGCAACGACAACAACGGGGCCGGCUCCACUCGCAAAGCACACCGCGGCGUCCCCUCCCGGGCCUUGAGGUGGACAGCGACAGCGGCGGCGACGCGACGGGCGCCCCCUUACAGCAGCAGCAGCAGCAGCAGCAGCAGCAUCAGCAGCAGCAAGAACAAGAAGGUGGCACAAGGGGACGAAAGCAGAGCAGUGGCAGCUCUGUGUUUGACUCGCCCUCCCUGGGCAGGUUUCCAGUUGCUGAUGGUGAUGCAUCCAUGCUUCUGCCGCCACCAUUCUGGACUAUCCAGCCACAGCUGGAUGCGCUGCAGCGGAGGAAGCUGUCAUCUAGUGGCUCCGACAGCAGGUGGUCGCCAUUCUCCUUCGCCGUCUGCACAGACUCGUCAUCAUCCGCGCUCGCUGCGCUCCUUCAUCCAUCCCUGUCCGAUUUGUCUGCACUGCCACCGUCACUCGCAGACGCGCCCGUUGGUCGUGGUGCUCGCGAUGAUGAUGAUGCGGGUGAUGAUGACGCCGGCGAUGAGGAAGGUGAUGGUGGUCGACGUCGUCGUGGCCGUGGCUGUGAUAGUGACGAUGGUGUGGAUGCUGCUGAUGAUGAUGGUGAUGUAUUUCUUGUCCCCUCGGAGAAUGCGCUCGAUGCGCUUGUCGACUUGGGUGCCGCUGAUGACGAUGACGAUGGUGAUGAUGGGGAUGAUGAUGAUGGUGGUGGUGAUGGUGAUGCAACCAUGAAGCAUGCUGAUCGCGCAGUUGCUGACGCGCAAGGGAGCGCACGAGGCACCGCCACGCGUGCUGCCGAUGCACGCGUAGACAACCGCAAGUGCCCGAGCAACGCGCACAUUCUGGUGGACAAGAACCAACGAUCAGGUGCCAUGCGACAGCAACAACAACAGCAGCAAGACCAACAGCACCAACAACAACCGCAGCAACAAAGGAUUCGGCCGCGACGCGCAGGCAAGGGGCGCAAGAAGCAAGGACAGCACGAUGAACGCGUAACCAACAAGGCGGAUGCAUCCCGAGGAGAACCUGUGCCAGCAUCGGCUGGUGCUGCGGCCAAGGAAGGCUCGCACAUGCUUGUGGGCCGUGUGUAUGACCAACACUCACACGGUCCCCGCCAGCACGGCCACCAACCACCUGCACCGUCACAGCAGCUACUCUUGCAUCAGCUGCACAUGCAACACAACCACCGACUCUCCGUCAUGCUGCCGCUCACACCCGUACCCAUGAUGACAACAGCAGCCGGCGAUGGCACCACGGCCACGGUCAACAGCGUUGCCGCCACAACGUCAGCAUCCACCACCACAACGACGGCAGCUGGUGCAAGCAGCGUGUAUGCCCCAGCCGUGGCUGCUGCACCGAAUGUAACUGCACCAUCAGCCAACAUGCAGGGCACAGGCACUGCAGCAACACCAUCGCUGGAGCACCCGCUUCCUCCACCUGUUCCUGUUGUGCCACCUGCUGCCGCGCAUGCAUCGCCACACCCACGAACCGAUCCCACGGCAGCAACGACAACGAGACCAGCCACGUCAGCGCCUGUGUCCACGUCGCCUCGCUCCAGGGAACCAGCCCGCACAUCGCCGGGGGCGGCAAAGCCUCCGGCUCCAAAGGCAAGGCGCUCGUCGAAGAAGUUUGUGUGCACGCGUGAGGGAUGUGGGAUGGAGUUUGUGAGCCGAAACAGCCUGCGCUAUCACGAGAUGGGCCACACGGGUGAGACGCCGUUUGCCUGCAAGCAAUGUGCGCGGGCGUUUCGGGACAAGGCGAGCCUGAAACGCCACGAGAUGACGCAUGCUGGUGUCAGGCCGUUUGCAUGCCCGGAGCCAGGGUGCAACAAGGCGUUUGGGCGGAAGGAGCACCUGCGUCGCCACGCCAAGAUACACAAACCACGCCCCUACGCAUGCCCGUUUGCUGGAACCUGCACGUGCACCUUCACCACCUUUGGCGCGUACGAGAAGCACGUGAAGCGACACAUGCGCGAUGCGAAGGAAGAGACGCUCCGCUGUGUGUGCGAGUACGACGGCCAUGAACGCUCCUAUGAACCGAGUACCACAACAGCAAGCGUGACGUCCACAGCUGGAUUGGGCGAUGGAUUUGGCGGAGGUAGUCUGUUUGCCCUCACCUCCCCUCCUGCCCCGCCCUUGUCCGAACAGCAAGUUGACACCACCCAACCGUGGCUCCCGCCACCCGCAACACCAGCGCUGUCUGCACCUGAGCAAUCGUUUGCACUGACGCCGCCGCUACCAAUGUCUAUCUUGGGCACCGAAGCGCCCCCUGUAGUGGGUGAUUCAUUUGUGCACGCGAGCGAUGGCGAACAUAUUGGCACGGUGGUCACGAGCACAGGACCCCUGACAGCGACAAUUGCAACGCACUCAAGCGCCGCCUCUGACGCCUCCUCAUCCUCUUCGUCGUCAUCUUCAGCACACUCAUCUGCGUCUGGGCCCACGUCCUCCUCUGCCGCCACAACACAACUGCAACCCUCAACCAAGGCAAACGCCACUCUGCGACUCCAACUCCAACAGCAGCAGCAGCAACAACAACGGCAGCAACAGCAGUAA